CUAUGGAAGUGCCUUGGACGAAAGUAGUGAAGGUGCCAGUGUGCUUGUCCAAGGCAUCGUCCGUCCGAUAUAAGGGACGAAGGUUUCCCACUGAUGGAUCAGCAAGCGAGAAGGAAGGAUGGGUUAUGAAAUGAUGUCCUGGUGGCCAUUUACCAAGUCGCAGGCUCGCAUCUCUGUCAUUCGUUAGAAACUUCGACUUCUUCGCCUUGUUACACUCCUGAGCCACACAUAUAUCUGCACCGUCUGACCAGUAAUCGAAAUGACGCGACAGGUGCGCCUAGUCGGCUUCGCGGUGAUGCUGUGGGUGGUGACUUGUGCCCAGGUGGUAAGAGCAACGACAGCAUCAGAGGUCAUAGCGUCCAUACCAAGGUGCGCCCUUCCUUGCGUCAUCGAGGACUUGAGCACGGCGAAAUGCUCCAUGACAGAUGUGUCAUCGUUGAGUGAUUGUGUCUGCCGGAACACGACAUUGCUCACCAGGCUGUCGAAUUGCAUCCAGACAUCGUGUUCCUACAGGGACCAAGUACUCGCAAGUAGCUCGGCGAGUUCACUAUGCGCAGCCUAUCCAAAAGAGUCGAGAACACGCGAUGUCCAGAUCGCCUCUAUAGUAACCAUGGCCCUGGCCGUCCCUAUUGUGCUAGCGCGGUGUGCUGCGCGUCUGCAGUUCACCAAGAAGCUGUGGCUCGACGAUUGGACAGCGCUGCUGGGAAUGAUCUUACUCGCCGGACUGGCGGCCAUGGAAUACAUCAGCUCGAAGAUGGGAUUCGGAAACCACUACUGGAACAUCAGUGCUAGUGAUGGGCCGAUACUGCUACAGCUUUUCUACGUCGCCCAGAUCCUCUACAUCGCCAUCCAGCUUCUGGCCAAGGUGUCUAUUUCGUUGCUGUUUAUCCGCCUGUUUCCAGCAAGAUGGAUUCGUCUGACCCUGCAGAUAUUCAUCGCCUUCAUGUUAGGCCACGGCCUGAUCUUCAUCAUGGUUAUUGCCUUUCAGUGCUGGCCGGUACACUCAAUAUGGGACAAGACAAUUACGGGCCGAUGUGUUGACGUUACCGUGGUAGGAUACGUCGGCGCCGGGCUGAGCAUAGGCGAAGAUCUCUUCCUGAUGCUGUUACCAAUCACGGAACUCCGCAAGCUUCAGGUCACGCAACGACAGCGGGUUCUCUUAUCUGCGAUGUUUGCCAUUGGCUCUUUUGCGGCUGUAACGAGUAUGAUCCGGCUGAAAUACAUGGUGAUGUUUGCCAACACAUUUGACUCGACAUGUAAGCUUCUCGUUUUUCGAACACGAGACCUCCGCUGAUAGCUGCAGGGGACAACGUCGAUGUUAUCAUUUGGUCCUUGAUUGAGCUUCUCACAGCGGUGUUCUUGGGCAGCUUGCCGCCUUUGAGGCCCUGGAUUGUCAAACUGGUC